AUGGCGCUGAGAAUCCACGCCCUGCCCCUGCACGCCCUGCCCCGACCCCCGAAGUCCCGCCUCCUCCCCUCCGUUUCGACCCCCCGCAAGCCGCUCCCCGCCUCCGUGUCGUGCAGGGCCAAGAGGCCCACCGGCGACGCCGAGAUCGCGUCCGCCCUGGCGGAGGAGGUCGCGAGGGUGCACGCCCAGAAGAAGCUGAAGGACGAGGCCCUGAGGAAGGGCCGGGCCCUCCUGUUCGCCGAGCUCUGCGGUUACUUCUCCCUGGGGGAGGACGAGCCGAGGAGGAGGUGGGAGAGGAUGGAGGACGGCGAGCGGAGGGAUCUGGCGGCGGAGUUCGUGUCGAAUUGGAGCGCCGAUUUCCAUCCCCUGUCCGCGAGGUCCGUCGUGGAGAUGGUCGAGGAGCACCUGCGGCAGGAAAAGAAGCCGUCUUUCUCGAACGAUUCCGCGCUUUUUCCUAGUUUGAAGAGAUUGAUGGGCUUGGGGGAGAACCAGUGAUUGUGUCUUGUGGGGUUAUGGUUUUGUUGGUGGUAAGUGCUCAUUCGCUUUGCAUUUUCUUCCUUGUUUUCUCGGAUGGGAGGAGCAAAGCAGUGAGUUUUGAUCAAUUGAUUGUACAUUUUUAUACAGGAAUUAUCAUGGCAACUUGAGUUGGUUGAUUUGUGUUUUCUCUGCUCUGCUCUCGUUUUCCCUUCCUUUUUCAUUGACCCCCUUAAAAACAUGGAGUUUUGUUCGUUGAAUUCUGUUGAUUGGCAAUGGUCGUCGGUAAAACGAACCAUAAUUAGAUUCGGCAAUAAUUUUUGUUUUUUGAUUGGCUUCUAUGCCUAUAGCGUUUGAUGGGUAUUCAAUAUGGAGAGAGAUGAAUGAAUUAACAACGGUUCAAAUGUUUACUGAUCCCCCUGGCCCCUGGGAGGUUUGAUUUGAGGGGCUGAUAGGUGAGGCAUUUGACCUCUGCUUCCUGUCGUGUCUUGGAUUAUCGACCCAACAACUCAAUCAACUUGAAGAAGACUUGUGGGAACGACCGGAAAGGUGCUCAGAGGAGGAAUCCCCGGUUUGGCUGUCGUGGAAGUAAAGCUAACAUCGUACUGAAGCGAUAAUGGAACCAGGCAAAGAAGAUUUCCACCUCCUUGACUGUGUCAUCGUUAGUCGUACUUUCACUCUGUGAUUCGCCAUUUGGGCUGCUUGGUCUACAUUCAUCGCGAAUUGACCUCAAAACUAUGUACUUUGGUGGUGACGUCUUGCUUUCCUUGGUCAACGUGGAUUUCCUGUGUUGUGACGGUAAUUUCAGUAAUCUUCUCCGUCGAAUUCUCGAACUUCUGCAAGAGAAGAAGGGCACAAUCCAUUCGUAAAAAUGCCAAAUUGGAUGCACCGCAAGUCAAUAGCGACUUGUCUUCAUGCUUGUCCAAGUAAAUAGCAAAUUGCACGUCUCUGCUAUACCAGGAUAUGAUUAUGAGGUUUUCUCAAGCUUGAGGGGAUCGGAUACUCACAAGGGUUUCCCUGAUGAUAGCCUUUUAGAUGCCGGUGUCAAGGUCUUCAAAGACAAUGAGGGACCUCAGUGCGGGAGAAGAGAGUGCCCCUGAUCUUUUAGAAGCCAUCAAGAAAGGAUCUUCCUUCCCAUUUUCUCUAAAGAGUAGAGAAUAUGUUUCUAGUAGAAAGUGCCUCAAGGAGGUGGCACGUACGGAUGAAUGUAGAGAAGAAAGGAAACAAAUUAUCUUUGCAAUCUUCUAUCACGCUCCAUCACUUCGGCGCCAAUCUGGACCUUAUGCAAAAGCCUUCUCACAGCACGAGAAGCACUAUGACUGUGAGACCAUCCAAGGAUAGAGAAAUGAUCUUGAUGUGGUUGGAUCAUUGCAAGGUGGGAACCGAAGAACAUGGUCGAUGGGUAAUUUUUCGACUCAUGAAUUUGCGUGACUUAUGAUGUUGUGGAUUUUUCUAUUUUCUGGCCAUGUGAAUGCAUACUUGGUUUGCUUGAAUGUGUUUAGGGAAGAGAUCCUUGUCGUUGUAAAUUAGUGAUCAAGUAACAUGGUGUAGAAUCCCAUCCCAUUCAACUCUUAAGCAAUUUAGGAACGUUGAUCUGCA